AUGAAUACAACACAAUCGAGCCAAGAUUCCGAUAACUCUUUAAAGAAGCAACUCAGUAUGGAAGAAGAUUAUGAAGAGUUUGCAGAAGAGGCACGCCAAGCUCAAUUAUAUGGCACUAUUCCACGUACUAUACCCAAUAAUGAUCCAUAUUCUCGAGUGCUGAAGAAAAACUCCAGCGGCAACAAAUCAGGCUCAAAAUCUAAAAGAAAAUCCAACAAGAAAAAUGAAGGCCCAUCUGCCGAUCAAGCUAAUUAUGCGAGCGAGAUAGAAAAUGACAAUACAUCAUUGGAUGACAAUUCAAGCCCUAGAGUAUUAAGCAGUCAACAUAACGUUGACAGUCAAGACAGAUUAUGGAGUGAAAUCGAUGUUUUAGACGACGUCAAACGCUUGGCGGCACAGACUAGCGCUGGUACCACCAACACUUUCCCAGGAGAACUAGAACCACAAUUAAUUCGUCUAAGAGAAGCGCAUACUAAUCUUUUAAAGACAAUGAGAGACCAUCAUAAUGAAUUGGUAGAGCGUGCAACACAAGCUGAACGUAGCAAUGGUAGUGCACCUGAAAAUGCAUCUCCUACUAUUACAGGGAUAGCUACUGGAGGUACAAGUGUUGUUCAUUCUGGAGCAGCAGCUGGCCCUGCUGUAACCGCCAGUGAGGACCGUUAUAUUGAAGAGCUCAUCAGUAUCAUUAGAGAACUCCGAGGUUAA